GAACACAGCAAUUCACUUCGCGGUAUCCUCCUCUAUGCCGUCUCCAUUGCAGCCAUCAUUGGGACCAUAAAAAUGAGUCUACCCGGAGCUGGAGCUCUGUGCUGCCUUGUUUGCAGUCUCACUUGCUCAGCCGGUUGGCAGCACGGAAUGCCCUGGCGUUUUAAACACAAAGCCCGACGCUCCACUCUCGCCGCCCAACCCUCCAUCGAUGACUAUGAAGACGAAGGCAACUCGGACGUAGAGGCCAACAGGCACAAUGACCUAGGACCUCGUCGUACUUCCGAGUCCUUAGCGGAAACAUCAGAAUCAGUCCCGACGGAGCAUCAUGAAUACUAUCGACAGCACUUACGAUCAUUGAGGCUCCUUUUAAAGAGGACAGGAGGUGCCGGGAAUAAAAACGCAUUGGCCACAGUUUCAAAAAGUAGAAGAUUUUCCUUGCCUGAACCAAAACCACAGUAUGAAGAGGAUGAUUUUGAAAUUAUUGCCAUCCUUCUACUCAUCAUUAAUCCUCUCCAUCGCUGGUCUGCUCUCAUUACUACCUAUCUGUUUGCGCACUCCCUCUGA